AUAGACCGAGCCAGCCAGGUACUGGCGCAAGGUCUCCCUCUAGAUGUACCUAGAACAUACGCUGCCCUAUUAGAACAUGCAGGUGGCGAUGUCCCUCCCAGCCAGCAGUACCUUACCAGAGAGGAAAAGAAAGCUCUUAUCGCGUUUUUAUUACUAAUAUCUAAUCUUGGCCACCCUGUCUAAAUAAAGUAUAUACCUUUACUAGCCUUUAGCCUCGCCCGCCUAUAAUCUAUAACAGAUAGCC